AUGGCCGACUCGGGGGAUGAGGCGGAGCGCCGCCACCGCGCAAGCGGGGGGCGCGUCGGUGGCUCAACCACGGUGCCCGGCCGCCGCCGGCAUUCAACCGGCGCGAGCUCGACGAGUUCGAGCUCGAGCGCGCCCGUCGGCGCCGCGCCUCCUCUGAGGGAGCCGGAGGAGGCCGUGCCCGAUGCGCCGCCACGCCGAGGCGUCAUCGGACCCGAGAACUACCUCCCACCGGGGCAGGAGGAGCUCCUCGAGCGUGUCGUCCUCGAGCGGUCGGCGAGGGAUCAGGAGAAGAUGGAAGAGCGCAUCCGGCGCGAGCUCGAGUACGAGCGGCUCUUCCUCGAGAUGGGCCUCACGGCAUCGCAGGCGCACGCAUCGAAGGAGGCCGACCUGUGCGUGAUGAAGGCGGAGCAGGCGAAGCUCUACAUCGACCUCGACUCCGACUCCUCCGACUCCGACUGA